AUGAAGUGUUUUUGCAGGACACGGCUACACUAUGACGCAGAUAAGAAUAUGAGUUUACUUGUAAAGGAAAUGGUGGAAGCGAUGUACCAAGGCGUUAGCGUAAUUUUUGCCAGCCUCGAUACGUCCUAUGAUUCUGUUCUAAUUUAUAUGCUUCAGAAUGGCUUUACCCUAUUAGAUUCUCGUUUCUAUACUCAGUUUCAAUACAUAAGUCUCGCCACAUUUGCGGAAGCCACACAUCUGGCAGAUCCCCUUAUGACACUUGAUACGUUCUUAGAUCACGCUGUAAGGUUAGUCCCCAAGGACACCAAGGAUGCACUCAUGAUUAUAGAUCACGGGUCCUUCUUGGGGGGACCUUAUAGCCUGACAACUAUUACAAGUCUAGCUCAACUCAUAGUGCAUCACUCAGAGAAUCACGGUACGCAUGGGAAUCCUACACAUGUGAAUCAGGCACACACUGAUAAAAAGCAUUCGGUGCGGCAUAAGUGGCCCGACAGCCUUUCCUUUGUUCUUAGCUUUGAUAGUCAUGUAAUGUCUUCCCAGGAGCUCAUUUACCUCCUUCUUAAUGUACCGUCCCUCUACAUUGAUAAUAGGGUUAUACCUCACGACCAUAACAAUAUCUUGCGGGUUCCCAGCAAUGUUGGGAUUGAAAGUCUGAGUAGCAUUCUGAACCCUCUGUUAGUAGUUAUUCUUUCCAAACUACUCAGCAAAUCUGAGUCCAAUCUCAAAUCAGCGUCUUUGCAUGCAGACCAUAGUGCGUGCUACAAGGAAUUGUUAGCUCUGCACUCUCGAUGCGAAGCUUUCCAAUCAUUCAUAGAAACGUCGUUGGCAGCAAACCCUAACAGCUUAGUGCUUACUAAGGAGAUAGUAGAGCUGCUUGCUAGCAGACCAGCUAUGCCGGCAUCCUAUGAUCGCCUUCUUACUGAGCACGCUAAGUCAGGUGAAGAGCACGACCAUAGACUUGGGCUACAAAGCAUUUCUUCUCAGGUAGACACGGUCUCCCCGGCCCUCAGCGUCAAUACAGAUCUUAGCUGGAUGCUGAGUCCAGACUACAAUGCUCAUGCUAACAACAAGUCUAGACACUCGCUACCCUCUGAACAGCGGCCUACACACGAUGCUCACUCCAAGCUAACUAUAGCAUAUCUGGAGCAUGACCAGAAAGCCCAGCAGCCUACAACAGAGGAACUAGAAAAGAAGGGCCCUGAAAGAAGCCCCGAUCAUUUGCGUCGUUCAAGCAAGGAAAAGUCUCUCCUACUAACUACAUCCGUGCCCAAUAUGGGGCCGUAUUUAGAGCAGAUCCUUCACCAGAGCGAGUCUAGCACUAUAGAGCAGCCGGCAGUCAUCCUCCCGGCAGUUGCAAAGCGUCUAACAAGCAUUUCGUCAUUGGCCUGGUCACAGUCACCGAAGGAAAACAAAUCGUCAAGCAACUCACCUAACAAUGAUACCAUCGAUGCGAACGUAGAGAAGGUCCCUAACUCUACAUCGACUGUGACUAUACCCACACAUGCACCCGUAACGCCUCCUUCCUUGGUGCAGUCUCCACCGGCGAAAGCACAGGGGCUUCGUAUGGUGACAAAAGGAAAAGGUGUUAAGCUUUCCGGCUCGCAGUCAAAUGAGGCGCACCGGGCAGAGAAAACAUAG